UAUGAAGUAAAAUUAGCGGUCAAUUGGCUUCCAAAAGAUUCAAAUUUUGAAUCCCAUCAAUUUCUUCAAACAAGCAAAUGGUGAGAUCACUUUUAAGGUUUCUUGCUUCAUCUCCUCUUUCCCAUUGCCAUUUCCUCUUUCCCAUUGCCGAUGCUUAUCCUUAUCUUUAUCUUUUUACUUCUCUGAAAAUUGAAGCCCUAAUCAACGUUGUUGCUUCUCCCCUUAUAUUUUACUUCCUCCCCACAUUACUGGACUCACAAUUCCAUUCAAAUUUUGAAUUUCAAAAUGUCUGCAAAGAGAGUACUUGAGAGAUAGAGAGGGAAUCCACAAGGGAGAGAACGAGAAAGAGAGAGAGAAAUGCGGUUGGUUCUAAUGAACGGAUCUACUUUGUAUGCCUGAAAAUCGGUGACCCUUGGUGGCAACAGUGAUGCAGAAGCUAUCGUAGCAGACGGAAUCAAGACCAGACGACGCUACCAUAAUCGUCUUCGACUGAUUCUCUUCAAGGGUUUGGACCUCUUUGUAUUGGAACCCCCAAUCAGUCGUCGACUCGUCGUUUCCUUUAUCCCCGGUUUCUUAUUCGCAAAAGGUAUGUUUCAACUUUUUUAGGUUUUUAUUGUUUCAUAUUGUUAAUCGCCUAUUUCAAAGUACACACUUUUUUAGUUUUUUGUUUAUUUAUCACAACUUGCAAUCCGAUUAGAUUAUGGAUCUAAAGGAUUCGACCAUGAUGCUGCCAUUCUUUUACCAAGUUUGUUGUGACCUUUAUGUGUUUGGUUAAGAUUUGUCUCAUACUCUUGAUGCGAUUUUGAUUUGUUUGAACUUGUGUGGUUGUACAUGUUAGAUUUGUUUAAAAUUAACUCAAAUUGAAGGCAUAAAAAACUUUUGCUGUUCAAUUACAAUUUAACAAUGAUGAAAUUUUCAUCACAUAUAUCCCCCCGAGACAAAACCAUUGACUUUUGCAGAGUCACGCCAAAGAUUAAAGGAGUUAAUGGGCUACACCCUUGAGCUCAAAUCGUCUCAAAUUCUCCAUGAACAAGCAAGUCGGGGUUUAUUCAUAGAUGGUAAGCAUAUGGUGGCUACUGUGGCUCGGUAACAGCACUCUACCCAAGUGUAAUCUACUCUCCUGCAUAUUACCAUUACAUCUCUGGAUACCCAAGAGUCGAUGCACAAAACCUGUAUCUUAUAACCCAUUACGAUGGAACUGUAAUUAACGGUCAACCUUGGGGUACUGCUGGUGAAAGUACUGAACCAUGUAGAGGAUAAAAAUAGCAUAAAACAUGUGGAUAUUUGACAACUGCUUACUAUGCUGGAGACGUAUGCAUUUUAUCUUAACCCAUGUUAAUGGUUGUAAUAGUAUUUGUUUAAAAUUAAAAGAUUUUUAUUUUUUAGGUGCAAUAUCAAUUUGAACAGUUUAUUGACAAAGAAUGAUGAUUAUGUGGUUUUUGAACUGAGGAGGUUGUUUCUGCAAGUUCUGGUAUGUAGGAUUCUUUCUAUAUGCAUAGAUUUGUAAUUCUUUAUAUUAUGUUUUACUGGUGUCACAAAUAUUGGAGCCCCAAGGAAAGUGUUCUGACUUUAUUCAACAAUCACAAAAUAAUGUAUUUUGGUAGACUCAAAUCAGUAUAACUAAAAAAUGUAAUGUUACGAGACUUUACGAGCUAUAUACUAAACCAAGUAGAUUGAUCAUCAUGAGUUUGGUGUUUCAGUUGUUGUCUUAGUGUUUUGAUCAUUUUGACAUCAUUUUAAAAAUUAGUGGGUCAAUUUAGGUUAUGUUUAAUCUAUAUUUAUCUAAAAGGUUAAACGAGCAGAUCUAUUUACCAAAUAGCUUUGUAGAAUAAACGGGUUGAACGGGUCGGAAUAUACUAAAUUGUAUUUUGAUUACAUAAAACCUAUUAAGUAUUAUUUUUAGAGAGUUAAAAUAUAUAAAUUGUGUCAUAAUAUAGUGUUCGAGUCAACUUAAUACGCCCAUUUUGCCAUCUCUCUCUCUCUCUCUCUUUUUAGUUUGACAUGCACACUUAAGGAAGUAGUUGUGUUGACUUGGAUUGCAAUCUCAUUUUGAAGAAUAGUUGUUCAUUAUCGAGUAACAUGCUUAUUUCCAACUAAUUCCAUAAGGUUCAUUUAUUUUAUCAAUAAAGGAAUGAAUAUGUCUAUUGUUUUCUGGGAAUGGUCUUGAAUAAUAUGUGGUGUCAUAAGCAAAAAACCUUUAGGAUGCAGAUUUUGUGAAUUUAUAACAAAUCCAGAGAUGCUGGUAAGAUGGAUUUUGAGCAAAAAGACUAGAACAUUACUCAAGCUAAAUCAUUGAAAACUAAGUGGAAAGGGUCACAUAAGGUGCACACAUCUUGACAAAUUAUUCUCUAUUUUUAUUUCCAAGCUUUCUAUUCUUGAAUGUCUAAAGGUGCACACGUUUAGAUAACUAUACCUCUAAAUUACUUAUAAUUAAUUUAUAUACCUUUCAGGUGUAAUUUUUAUUUAUUUCCUUUUUGAACGAUUAAAUGGCAUAUGUGAUCUCUACAAGGUGCCGCGGAAGUUGGGCAAAUUGGAGCACCAGCUAGAAGGGAAAUUGGUCAUAUGGUACACUUGCAGAAAGAACUAUAUGUGUUGAGAGCAACAUGACCAAAAGUAAUGGAUCUUCUAGGGGUGUCUGUUAUUAGGUUUAUUAUAAAAAAUGGUUCCUAUUUGUCCGGUUUGCAUAUGAACUGCAUAUGAACCGACCAAAUUCAAAGUAUUCUGAUUUGUUAAAACCGCGUGUACACGCGAGCUCUAACCUAGUAAUAGUAUAUAAUGUAAAAGAAUUAAUAUAAUAUAAAUCGGUUAAAUGGGUCAACCAGACCCGUUUAGCUAAACCGUUUCACAAGUUCAAUGAAACUGAUCCGAAUUUAUUCAGACUAAACCCAAACAUAAGUUCAGAAAAAAAAAAAAAAAAAAAAAACCCUCAUGAUACAACAUACAACAAGCUAAACUACAAGGAUCAAAGUGUAAACAACCAAAACAAAUAGCUUUCCCGGCCAUCAAUCAAUCCUCACCGGACUGAAACAAUGCUCCGAACAACAAUAACCGCUCUACUUCACCCCACCACCAAGCUCCACCCUCCACCUCUCACCACCAUCUUCAACCGGACACCACUCCGGUUUAUCCUCCCCCAAACCUACACUCCACUAACCAAACCAAUCUUAUCCAUCAACACAACUCUGUCCUCUCAUGCAAUUACUCAAACUUCAUCCGAACAACAGCUGUUUGAUCUGGACCGCACUUAUUUAUCUUGUUCCAUGCCGAACAGCGAGCGCCCGCUCAAAGUGGCGGUUCUUCUCAGCGGCGGCGUUGAUAGCAGCGUCGCGCUUCGUCUUCUCCACGCUGCUGGUCACUCCUGCACUGCUUUUUAUUUGAAGAUAUGGUUUCAGGAAGAUUUUGAAAACUUUUGGUCGCAAUGUCCCUGGGAAGAUGAUUUGAAGUACGCAAAAGCUGUUUGCAAUCAGGUUGAUGUACCACUGGAAGUUGUACACUUGACAGACGAAUAUUGGGACAAAGUGGUAUCUUACCUUAUUGAAGAGUAUAAAUGUGGCCGUACGCCUAACCCAGAUGUUCUUUGCAAUACAAGAAUCAAAUUUGGUGCAUUCAUGGAUGCCAUAAGUAACAUGGAUUUCGAUUAUGUUGCUUCUGGUCAUUACGCAAAAGUUGUUCACACUGUUACAAAAGAUAACGAUGCGCUUUCGUUUCUGGAACUCUCAAAGGAUAUGGUGAAGGAUCAGACCUACUUUCUUUCGUAUCUGUCACAGGCUCAGCUUAAACGACUUGUACUUCCCCUUGGAUGUAUUCCAAAGGAUGAAGUCCGCAAGCUUGCACAAAAAUUUGAUUUGCCGAAUCAAGAUAGAAAGGAUUCACAGGGUAUAUGCUUUCUCGGGAAGAUUAAAUUCAGCGAAUUUGUUGCAAGACAUAUUGGGGAAAAAGAAGGUAUAAUAUUGGAAGCUGAAACAGGGGAUUUUUUAGGGUCCCACAGAGGCUUUUGGUUUUACACGAUUGGUCAACGCCAAGGUUUGAAACUUGCGGGUGGGCCGUGGUAUGUCGUUGAGAAAGAUGUUAAAAAUAAUGUGGUGUUUGUAUCGAGAAACUAUUAUUCUGUUGACAAAAGAAGACGAUCGUUUCAUGUUGGAUCAUUUAGAUGGAUUAGCGGAUCUCCUCCUCGCCACCUCAACCAGUUGAAAUGCAAGGUUCGCCACGGUCCCGAUUUCUACAACUGCACUUUGCAUAUGGAACUUACUGAAGACGGGACCGAAAUCGGCACUGUUCAGUUACCUGAAGAUGAUCAGGGUCUGGCGGCAGGCCAAUUCGCAGCAUUUUAUGAAGAACAGGUUUGUGUGGGGUCAGGUGUGAUCUUGGAAUCAUGGGACGAUAACGGGUUUCCUGUUUGUGAAAAGGCCCGCGAAAUUGCAAACCUGGAAGAUAAAUCUAAGCUCGGUAAACCCGUCAAGAUUAAGCCAAGACCUGAAGAUUGUUUGAGGAAUUCGGUUUUGACCAUGUGAGAUUAGUUUAGUUCCAUAUUAUAUUUUGGUGUAUAUGUGUAAGCUGUAUGCAUUUUUUGAUCUGUUGGAACAAUUAUAUUCUUAUAUAUAUUAAAAGGCUGUUUUGUCAA